UCUUGAAUCCUUUGGGGACCCGGUCCUGGGAACCGGAUCCAAGCAGCACCGCGGUCGACUCGUGGAGUUGAUUGAUCGGCGCGCAGCGAUGGAUGUGGACGGAAUCUUCCGCUCGUUCGCCGCGCAGAAGAUGAAGGACAUUCGGGAAGAGAAGUCCCAAAGUUCUCAUUUGGCUGCUGAUGAAGGUGCGCAGGACGUUGCCGUGUCACGUGUGGACGACAACGCGGUUGCUCAGUGUUGCGUGAAUCGCCCGUCUCCGACGAAAGUGACAGGCGAGUUGAGCGGCAAAGAAGAAAGUGACAUGUUCCAGAGAGAAGGUGAUGGACAGCAGUUGUCAUCAGACAAUGAAGGCAACAAUACACCAAAAAAACAUAAAAAGAGCAAGUCCAAAAAGCACAAACAGAAACAUCGUCAUAAAAGUAAAAAAAAUAGAAAGAAGUCGAAUGGAAAGUCAUCCUCAGAGGAUGAAGAGAAAUUGGAUAAAAGGCGUAGUCAAUCUCGAUCGUCUUCCAAAAUAAGGUUGGGUGAAGAAGUUGCAUCUCAUGCGAAGGAGAGAGGGGUUCUGCCCAGCUUAUCAGUAGAUGAGCCCAUUGUGAUGGUAACAGAGGAGUCUAAAAUUAACAACAUUCCAUUGAAGAGUGUAACAAUAGUGAAUGAUAUUACAAAGGAAGAUUCGUCUAGUUCUGUUCAAAAUACUUAUGCAGAACCGGACCCUUCCACAAGCAAGGCUGAUAAUGAGUGCAGUAAAAUAGUAUCUCUGGAUGUUUUUUUGCAGUUACAAUCAGACACAGAACCUGACAAAUCACUGCAAAGCAGAAGCGUUUUUUCUCCGAUCAGUGUGAAGCAAGCACAGUCCUUUGAUAAGCAUGCCGAGUCAGCAUUAUUCGGUGCAGGUGCAACUCAGGAUAUCCUUGCAACAUUGCCAGAGGCAAAAAUAGCAAAAGACAGUGUUCAUUUAGAGAAAGGUCAUUCUGUUGAACAUUCCUCAAAUAGUAAAAGUGUGAUAUCUACAUCUUCAGAUGUCAAAACAAAAGAAGCAAUUGCUGAACAAACUAAAAUUGGGUUUCUUAAGACCGUUUUAACUGAUGAACUUGAAACGCCCAAAGUGAAGGAAGCAAUUGGCGCAAAGGAGAAGCUCUUAGGAUCUGACAUCUGUCCAGAACGUGAACGAAUUCCAAAUACAGACGUGACUGCUGAGACAAAUACGGAUGCUUCUGAACUUCAAGAAAACAAAACUGUUUCAGAAGAGCAAGUGAAAGAUGUACCUUCUACAUUGAAGAUGGAUGUGGAAAAAAAAACGGUCUCGUUCUCCUGAGCACCGAAAAAGUUCUCCACGGCAAGCUGAGAGAGAUGUAAGUUCAUCACCAAGCACGUCAAACCAAAAACAAAAAUCUUGCUCUCCCUCUCACAGUGACAGGAGAAGGACCCGUUCUCGUUCACGUAGCAAUAGGAAACUAUUACGUGAGGAGUGUGGGGUUAAAAGGAAACACCAUUCACGAGCAAACGAUGAGAGAGAGGCUUCUCCAAAUAGAAUGGAAGUAAAAAAAACAAGAAGCACUGUGUGUGUUUCAGGCAAAGAAGAAAGUGAUAUGUCUCAGAGAGAAGGUGAUGGACAGCAGUUGUCAUCAGACAAUGAAGGCAACAAUGAACCCAGAAAACAUAAA